AGACCACCAAAAACGAAUAUAACUUGCCCGUCGAGCUGUGUGACACUCUCCACCCACGGCUUUGCCUCUUCCGCCGACGCAUCAUAGGAUUUUAUAGCUGAAACCACCUCGGCCACAGUGUCGACCACGUAUUUCCCAAAACCAGACCAUUCCUGCUUGUUGUCCUUGAACUUCUACAUGGCACAAACCAGAGAUGGAGAGUGCACCGCCAGUCGCCAUCUUUAGAGGGGGACACCAAUCAGCCGUAGCAUUGACGACCUUGAGGAUUGGGACGGCGAUGUCAAUUCCCUCCACGAGGAGAUCAUCGAUCUUUUGCCUGAGAGCUCCAGCCUUUUGCUGCACCGACAUGAUCGAUAGUGGACAAGGUGAUGGAGAGGGAGCUUUGGGCACGUGUGAGCCCUAUAUGCUCAGAGCCAUGAGGCCUCCGUCUGAUUAUGGAAGGAUGAGGAAAGGCACAGCAUGUACAUUUGGUCGACAGCAUACGGACAUCCAAUCCAAUACCAGCGGCGAAUUCUAUGUAGUCCGUGCGGUGGGGACUGGGACGAAUGAUGACAUUAAAUCCUGGCUUAUCUACUGCGAGAGAACAUCUGCAAACAGGAUGGGUGCGCGAACUCGAUAUGAAUUGACCUGGACGCAGGGCCGGCGCGUAAUCAGAUUCUAUACAGUUUCUUGUGGCCGUGGGCUGUGCGUCAAAGCUUAUUGGAGACGGCUUGAAACCAUGGCCCCACUGUACUGCCCAUCGCGUCUCGCCGGGCCUCAGUUAGGAGCAUGAUCUAGGUUCUGGACCGAUUUCUCUUCUUUAUUUAUUCCGCCUGCCUUUGGCGCUCUCAGGACCAGCCUGAAGUUUGCCAGCCAAAUAUCCAGAACACAUAAACACUCCAAUCAGUUUGGUCGUGCGGCUGUUCCAGUGCUGAUUAGCGUGACGCUGACAUCGAUUCACUUGGUUGUGGGCUGCAAGUAAUACUGUGGUGGCGGGGAUGGGGGAAGGAACUGGAGACUUGUACUUUAUGGAUUCAGCAGCGUAUUUUUUGGG